AAAUUCUUCCCUUCAUCGCUUUCUUUCUAACAGUAUUAUUCGACAGCUCCCAUCAAGCUUGCGAAAGGCCAAUAUAAUGCUGUACUAUUAGUUACUAGUAUUUAGUUGCUUAUUAUUUUUCAGCUGUAACUUGUUCAACAACCACUACAAAAAUGUUCCCUUUCAGAAACAGUAGUAAUGGGAACCCUAUUCUUCACUCAUCUUUUCUUAGCAACCAAAUACUUCUCCAUCAACACGACCUUCCUACUCAUCAUCAUUACUUAAUCGAUAAGGACAACUCGUUUUCAACAAACAAUGUCGUCAUCCACAACAGCAACAAGAUUAAAAAACCAGUGAAAAAGGAUAGACACAGUAAGAUUUUGACAUCACAGGGGCAUAGGGAUCGGAGAGUGAGGUUGUCGAUAGAGGUUGCUCGAAAGUUCUUUGAUUUGCAAGACAUACUUGGUUACGACAAACCAAGUAAAACCCUUGAUUGGCUAUUUACAAAGUCCAAAUUAGCCAUUGAAGAGGUCAUGAUGAGUAAUGAGUCAAAGAAGAGUAUUGGGACUCCUCCAUCUAUUAACAACAAUUCAGAAUGUGAUCAUGAGGAUGUUAUUGUUCCUGUUGCUGCAGCAGAUGAAUUAACAAAUAGAGUUAAGCAAGAGAGAGAUUCAAGGGCCAAGGCUAGAGCAAGAGCUAGAGAAAGAACUAUCAAGAAAAUCUGGACCCAAAUUGCUCCAAAUAGAGACGUUGCAGCUUCACAUUACAGUAAUAGUACACGAAAUUGGAAUCAAGACGAUGUUAAUCCAACAAUUAUGAGAUCCAUGGCUUCUCCUACUACCAUUUGUUGUACCUCGUCACCACAAGUUCAGAAAGCAUGGGAUUCAUAUCACGGCAGCCAAAUCUGAAGGGAACAGCGUAAGCUAAUUAAGCAAAAUCUCCUUACUGUUUAAUUUCUAGGUUCGGUACUACUAUAGAGGACCCAUUAUGUUGUUGUUCUUGUUUUUGUUUUUCCGAUUCCUGUCUAAGUCAUUGUGUGCUUUUAAACUUUGUUCUUGUAACUCAACUAUAUAUACACUUAUAAUAUAUGUAUC